AUGAAAUUCAACAAAAGAUGCCUGACUGCGUUUUCUGAUGAAAGCCCAUUCAUGGCGAUGGGAACGAAGAGCAAGCUGUUUGAUACAUCGUUUUCGUUGACAUCUGAGCUGUUUCUAUAUGACUACAGCCUUGGCGUACAGUAUCCAUCGCUACAAACAGAUAACAAGUUUUAUAGACUGAAGUGGUGUGAGGGUAAAGGGCACAGUGUUUUGGCAACAGGGAAUGAGGAAGGAAAGGUGACGUUGUAUGCGGCUGUUCCUGAGAAGGAAGCCUCUUUUGAGAUGCUUUCGAGCUGCAAUGUUUUGGAAGGAAGUGUUCUUGGGCUUGACUUCAAUCUGUCGAAGGAGGUGCUUGCAGCGGGGUCGUCGAAUGGGAAGAUCAUAUUUUGGAAUCUGAACAAGCUUGAUAGCCAGUACACAAGCGACAUAUCGAUUUCGUCCAACAUUACGUGUCUUGCAUGGAACAAGAAGGUGUCGAGGAUUCUGUGUGCUGGGACAGACGAUGGAAAGAUACUUAUUUUGGACAUAAGGGCGAAGAAUGUGGCGAUGACACUUGGGGGGGAGGGAAUAAGCAUGGUGAAUGAUGUUAUGUGGCAUCCCAGUGGAUCUACAUCUGUGAUUGCUGCUACGGACAAGAAAGCACUGCAGUGCUUCAACCUGAGUUCGGACAGCAUGUCUGAGAUAGGAGAGCACGAGAACGGAAUGAUUGGGCUGUCUACUAUUGACGAGUUGCACAUUGCAGCGGCGUCAAAGGAGAAGAUAAGCAUAAUUGAGAUGUCUGAGAACAGGGUGGUUGAUACGAUUGAUGUUGAUGGGGUGAUUGAGAUGAGCUUUUCGAGGAAAGAUCCGCUGAUGGCGUUUUCGUAUGCAUCUGGAACCACUGAGAUAGUUCCUAGGGUAAGCAUGAAUGUGAUUUCACGGUAUUCUUCGUGUAUUAUUGGAGACAAAGUGAUUGCAAAAGAAAAGUAUGUGAUUGAAGACGAGUGCCUGGAAGAAGUGGAGGAGGAUGAGCUUCAUAUGAAAGUCAAGGAGUUGUUAUACAAGGAUGGCAAAUAUGAACUAAACAGAGAAGAGCUGGGUGAGCUUCUACUGGAGGAGUGCAUGAGAACGAAUAAAGAAUGCUCUGAAGACGAGGAGGAUUUGAAUAAGGGUAUUGAAGGGCUGAAGCUUGAUGCAAAACUUGAUCUUUGCGAUCCGCUGACGCUGUCUCUUAUUAGAGGGGACAUGGAGGAGGCGUAUGAAAAUGCAAUAAAAAGCAAAAAGAAAGUUUCGUUAUCGCUUUUGCUUGCAUUAGCAAAGGAUAAGGACGAGUUUCCUGAGUGCCUGGAUGGCUUUGAUGAUAUGCUGAUUUUGCUUUCUGUUACACAGAUAAGUUCUGUGUUUUCGAAGCUUUUGGAGAAGAUAUCUGCGGACCAAUGGAUGGUUUUUCUCGCAACGAUCAGCUUUUCGCUGCUGAGUGAUGAGGAGUUUGUUAAGAAUGCACUGAAGAUGGCAGAGAAGCUAGAGGAUAGGCAAAAGCUAUGUGUGUAUGCAAUUACGAAUGAUCUUGAGAAGUAUUUUGAGCUGAAGUCGUCCAUGUACAAGAAGCCAACAAGUGUGUAUGAAGUGCGAGAAUUUUUCCAGGAGUAUAAGGGAUUGGUCUGUGAUUUAGAGCUGAUGGGAGGAGCAUACAAGGAUCAGAUAAUUAAUGAAUAUUUCUGGUAUGGAAUGGCGCAUGGAGAAAAGCCGCCUGCUAUUAAGUAUGAGGAUGUGGGGAUAAACACGUACCUUGGGAAUUUGAAGAGCCACGGUGUUGUUGACAGAAAUGUACCUGAGAGCGAGGAUAUUUAUGAUGUGAAAGAGAUGCACAAGCCUGCCAUUCCUAAACAGGAGCAACAGAAGAUAGAAGAGCCAUUGAAAGGGAUUGCUUCUCCAAAGCAUGCUAAUACGGGAAUGUAUGGAAUGCCUCUGAAGCUUGGAGAAAAGGAUUUUCAUGCGCAGCAUGAUGCAAAAAGAGGGUCUGUGAAUACAGAAGUAUCUACAAGUAAGGUGAAUAAAAUCAUGCCACCGAUGCCUGCGAUUGGAAGCAUUCCACAGAGGCCACCGGUAUCUUCAACGCCAAGUUUAGGAAAAGUGGGUAAGUCGCCUACUCUGCAGAUGCCACAGUCUCGGACAAGCAUUCCAAGACCUGGAUAUGGCACUUCAGGGUCGUCAGGAUACGCAAAUACAUCUGAGGAGAUAAUGUCAAAGCUGUAUGCAUCGAUUAUGAAUUCAUCGUCUGAGCAUUUAAAUAAGUCACCAUCGAUGCCUGUGUAUGGAUCGAUGUCCCAAGGAGUAAGAAGCCCGAUUAUUGGGAAGGGAACACCGCCAAAGAUGGGGAUACCUAAGCCUGGAAUGAUCUCAAGCCCGAUGAUGAGUAAUCGGGAGAGUUUUUUGAAACCUGGAGAAACAAGCAUGAAAGGAAUGGGUGGCUCUGUUUUGAGGUCGCCAUCGCCUCAGAUGGGUCAGCAAAAUGUGAAUGAUGCAGCAAAGGAAGCAGAUCUGGAUUCUGAGAAGAUUCUUACUGAGUUUGAGUCUUUGAUAGCAGGAUUGACGGAGAAAGCAUCUGAGAAAGCGAAUUUGAUAAUCAAAAGCAAGCUGAAGGAUAUAUCCAAGAAGUUUGCAUUGUAUAAGAGCGUGCCUAGGAAUACUUUUGGAGCGAAGGUGUUGAGAGGAUUGAACGGGAUAAACAUGGAGAUGAAGAAGAAUGCAAGUACUGAGGAGAUGAAGCAGAAUGUGCAGAAGAUUGUUUGUGAAUGUGCAGAAAGUGGAGAGAACAUGGCAGAAAUAUGGAUGCCAUGUGUGUAUACACUGUUGCAGAUUGUUUAUCAUUGA